CAGGAGCUUGUGUAUAAAUAAGGAGAAACCUACAACAGCAAAAGAGACGAAACAGGUUCAAACUGCAGCAGCCCCUCUGCUGAACAUUACUCCCUCCCUUACUAGACCAGACUUGCUGCUGAAAAAAUGGCUCAGCUUUUGUUUUGCUUCCUGUUAACCUUUGCAGCGCUGGAACCAUUCACAUCAGAAGCAGCAGCAGCAGGAUCACUGUACGACUGGAGGCUUCUCUCGGUCAAUGGUUUCUCCUGGUCCAACUGUGAUGGAGAAAGCCUUUCUGCCAAAAUCAAAAGCCUCUCUCUUAUUCCCGACCCCAUUAACAUCCCUGGAGACCUGACUGUUUCUACAGUUCUUGAAACCAAAGUGCCAUUGACUUCCCCAAUAAAGGUCAUUAUCACUGCCGAAAAGGAGCUACUGGGUGAAUGGAUGAAGGUCCCUUGCCUUGACAACAUAGGGAGCUGCACCUAUGACAAUGUCUGUGAACUGAUUGAUACUAUAUUUCCACCAGGACAACAAUGUCCAGAGCCUCUGCAUACCUAUGGCCUUCCCUGCCACUGUCCCUUUAAAGAAGGUGUUUAUUCCCUCCCUGACACCACUUUGACUUUACCUAAGGUGGAUCUCCCAUCUUGGCUUGCCAACGGCAAUUACCGCCUCACUGGUGUCCUAAUUGCAGACAACAAGGAGAUUGGCUGUGGCAAAUUCACAUUCUCCCUGGAAUCCUCAUCCUGGUCGUUUUGAAGACAACUGGUGCUUCUGUGGAGAAACAAAAAAAGAUGUGCAACCCCAAAAAGAUCAACCCUGUCCCCCUGAUGUCACUCACCUAACUUCUACUACAGAUUUACUCAUCAUACGAUGAAUUUACGGACAUGGGCCAUAGCUAAUUAAUAAAAUUCUAUAGGGUAAUUCUUUGCCUAAUUGGCUUUCAAAAUAUUCUUUUUUAUUGAAUAUACAUUAUAGAGUAUCUUGAAGGUUCUGAUCUAGGAUCUAGGUCAGGGGUGCCCAAAAGGUAGAUCGGGAUCUACCAAUAGACCUUUAGCUGGUGAUCAGUAGAGAAAACAGCUUUUCUGAAUUACCCUCCUGUUUCACGCUUUUCAUUCAGAUAUUUUUUAUUAUGUUAAGAUUACAUAAAAAAUAGUUGUUUGUUUAACAUAGCAAUAUACAUUUUCUCAUAAAUCAAUAUUUAAGUAAUAUGUCCAUGAAACAGAUGCUAACAAUAUUUUAUGGCUGUAGAUCAUAAUGGGACAACAUCAUUAAAAGCAGACCUCCUAUGGGCACUCCUGAUGUAGGUGCUGCUUGGAGCACAAGCUGAUUUUCAACGUUUAGGGCUCAUUUAUAUAUGCAGUGCAAUGUGCCAAAAUCUGGGCUAUUAAGUGUCGGAAUAUGAUGUCCAGGGCCCACCAGGGCUACCAACUCAGGGGCCCCCAACCACAGUUGCGGGUCCCCUUCACUAGUCAUGGCCCUCCUUGUCCCAGUCGUGACAAAUGGCAGGGGACCUUUUUACCAAUAAAGAGGAUCACCAUACCAGAGGCCACCCCUUUAGACUAGAAGAAAAGAACUUUCAUUUGAAGCAACGUAGAGGGUUCUUCACAGUCAGGACAGUGAGGUUGUGGAAUGCACUGCCGGGUGAUGUUGUGAUGGCUGAUUCAGUUAAUGCCUUUAAGAAUGGCUUGGAUGAUUUUUUGGACAGACAUAAUAUCAAAGGCUAUUGUGAUACUAAACUCUAUAGUUGGUAUAGGUAUGGGUAUAUAGAAUUUUAAUUAAAAGUAGGGAGGGGUGUGUGUAUGGAUGUUGGGUUUUCAUUUGGAGGGGUUGAACUUGAUGGACUUUGUCUUUUUUCAACCCAAUUUAACUAUGUAACUAUGUGAGCUCCUCGACCCUCCCCCCACGUACCUUUAUAUCUUCGGUGGCCAUGAAUAUUGGAGUGAGGGGAGUACCCACAGUUCCCGGUAGGGAUCUGGCCAGGCCUUUUCUUGGUGUCCCUCUGACCCAGUCCAACCCUGGAGCUAUAUAAAUACUAUUGGUACUUGAAUCAAUACAUCCUCCUCUAAAAAGCAGAUACCUUCUGCUAUGCUGGAUAAGGUACAAUUGGGCAAAUUCACUAAACGACGAAGCGCCUAACGCUAGCGUGAAUGCGCCAGCAUAGCGCAUUUUCAUUAAUUCGCCAAUUCACUAACGGACGCUGGCAUAACUUCGCUAGUGUUAAUUCGCAUCCUUAUGCCUGGCGAAUUUGCGCAACGGACGUAACUACGCAAAUUCACUGACGCGCGAAAUGUUCUGAACGCUACCUUUUACACCAGACUUCCUUCGCCACCUCAGACCAGGCGAAGUGCAAUAGAGUAGAUAGGGAUUGCUUCAAAAAAAGGAAACAUUUUUUCUAAGUCCCAAAAAACGCUGGUGUUGUUUCAUUUUUUAUGGGUGAUAGGCUGAAAAAGAUCAGAAAUUUUUUUGGGGCUAGCCUCCUUCCCCCCUACAUUUCCUAACUCAUGGCACCUUAACUAUACAGUGGGCACAUGUGUAGGGCAAAAUAAAAAUUUUAUUUGCUGUUUUGAAGGUUUCCCAGGCUUGUGUAGUGCUGCUACAUAUACCUCCAUUGUAACUUGAAUUUGGCGCCGUAUGCAAAUUAACCAUCGCUAGUGUAACUUUGCUUUGCUUUGUGAAUUGGAUUUUAGUGAAUUUGCGUAGCGCUGGAGAAAAUACGCCUGGAGAAGUGCGGCGAAGCGGACGCUGGCGCAACAACAAAUCAUAGUGAAUGUCCCAUGUACAAAGUUCAUGUAUGUAAAUUAACCUGUGCUACUUUCAGGAAGUUGCACCUACGCAUGCAACUGACUUGCAAAUGUUUAUGCUAAAGCAUUGCCACAUACUAAAUAGUGCAAUUUACACCCACUUUAUUAGAUAAGAAUUGCAUGUUAGUUGCAGUAUGCACUACUUUGAAAUUAUAAUUGAAUGUCAGUGGCAUAACUGUGAUCACACCCAGGCCCAGCGUCAACCGGAAAGGCCCCCUCUGACUCCCUUCCCAAGCUGCAACCCCCUCCGUCCCCCCGCACAUAACUUUUUCUUCUUGCAGCCAUGGGCCAGGUAGGGAGGUCAGAAGUGUCAUUGUGCCGGGAACAGGUCUGGACCGGCAGAACCCAUGAAUGCCAAGGGCCCACGAAGUCCGGGGGCCCACCAGGUUUUGUGCUGGUGUCCCACCAGUCCUGUCAAACCCUGUCAAGGCUAGGGUUGCCACUUUUUCUUGAAAAAAAUACCGGCCUUCCUAUAUAUUUAUCUUUUUUUCCUGUUAAUAACAUAGGGAUCAACCAUCAUUUUUACCGGCCAGGCUGGUAAAAUACUGGGCAGGUGGCAACCCUAGUCCGGGCCCACACCCCUUUAAGGCCUGCCAGAGCUUUGGUUCAUAUUGCAGCAGCACAGAGGGAAAUUUUUCAACACACGUGCCAGGAACAUGCUGGUACGCAUUGAAGGGGAGCGUUGUAUAUCUUACACUUGGCCCACCCAUGGCUAGUUGCACCACUGUGAAAGUUGGGAAAUAAAAUGGCAUUUUGGAUAAAAAACAUGGCAGUCUGCAUACAGAUUGUGGUACUUUUCACUGGUUACAUGAAUGUUUCCUUUUGUACAGCUGUGUUAUUUACUAAUAGCCUUGUUAAACACAUUCUUGCAAUGGACCGGUCCUUUAGGAAUCCUGUUAAAGGAAAACUAUACCCCCCAAACAAUGUAGGUCUCUAUUAAAAGAUACUGAGUAAAACAGCUCAUGUGUAAAACCCUGCUUCAUGUAAAUGAACCAUUAUCAUAAUAAUAUAUUUUUUUAGUAGUAUGUGCCAUUGGGUAAUCAUAAAUAGAAAAUUGCCAUUUUAAAAAAUAAGGGCCGCCCCCUGAGAUCGUAAGAUUCACUGUGCACACAUACAAACCACAUGUAAGGUCACAUGAGCCAAUUAACAGACAGGGUUUUGCCUUUUGCUUCCUCACUUCUUCCAGUUACAGUUAGUGUUAGUUGUAGUAUUUCUGGUCAGGUGAUCUCUGAGGCAGCACAGACAGAGUCAUGAAAUGGUGGUUCAAGGCAAGAGAUGUAAAAGGGCAAUAUUUAUGUAAAUAUAUAUUCCAGUUUGGUAAGAUUCUUUAAUAUGUCAUUCAAUUUUAUAUAAACUAUCUGUUGCUUAAGUAUUCAUUUUGGGGGUAUAGUUUUCCUUUAAAGCUCGAAUUUCUUGCUCUGAAUCAAAAGUGAAAGAUAGCAGUCAAUCAAAUAAAUCUUAUUAGUUUACAUCUCUGCUUUCUACUGAUCAGUGUACUUCUUGACGCAAUGCAGUGAUUAAUAUAUAGCCAUAGUUAUAUGUGUGCAUAAACUAAUGAAGAUCUGCAGUCAACAGAUAUUUUUAUGUAUAAGUAUGGGACCUGUUAUCCAGAAUGCUCAGGACCUGGGGUCUUCUGGAUAAGAGGUCCUUCUAUAAUCUUCUAAAAAAAUCAUUUAAACAUAAUUUAACCCAACAAGAUUAUUUUGCCCCCAAUAAAGAUUGAUCAAAUACAA